ACACCUUCUCCCUCUCUCUCUGAACCGCCAUGCCUCUUCUUCACUCAUCUCUUUGCAGUUCUGGGGGUUCUGUCGCUCCUACUAAUCCUAUGGAGGUCAAGAUCUUCUCCGAACAAACCCAAAGGCGCCACCUUGCCCCCGGAGCUGCCGGGCGCAUGGCCGGUCAUAGGCCACCUCCACUUGCUCGGCGGCGAGACCCCGCUGGCCAGGACCCUGGCCGCCAUGGCCGACGCGCAAGGCCCGAUGUUCCGGAUCCGGCUCGGAGUCCACCCGACGACCGUCAUAAGCAGCCGCGAGGCGGUCCGGGAGUGCUUCACCACCCACGAUAAGGACCUCGCUUCCCGUCCCAAGUCCAAGGCCGGGAUCCACUUGGGCUACGGCUACGCGGGCUUCGGCUUCGCGGAGUACGGAGACUUUUGGCGCGAGAUGAGGAAGAUCACCAUGCUCGAGCUCCUGAGCACCCGAAGGCUCGACAACCUGAAGCACGUUCAAGCGUCAGAAAUCGACGCCUUCAUCAAGGACCUGCACGCCCUCUGCCGGACCGACACCGACCGCGUCCCAGACGGGUCCUCCAAGGCGCUGGUCCUAAGCCAAUCGCUCGAGCUCCUGACCUUGAACAUCAUAAUCAGAAUGAUCGCGAGCAAGAGGUACUUCGGGCUGUCGCCGGCGGCACCGACCGGGUCUUCCCCCGGUGACGACGAGGCGAGCCACCUGAGGAAAGUGAUCAAGGACUUCAUGUACAUCUCCGGGUUCCCCGCGGUGUCGGACCUGCUGCCCUUCGCGGGGUGGACGGACUGCGUGGGGACAGUGAAGACCAUGAAGAGGGUGGCUGCGGAAUUGGACGAGAUCGUCGGGAAAUGGGUCGAGGAGCACAAGCUGAAGAGGAGAGGCGGAGGGGCGACGGAUGGGAAGGAGGAUUUCAUAGACGUGAUGCUGGCCGUGAUUGGGGAGGAUGGCUUCGCCGCGUUCGGUCACUCGCCUGAGACGCUCAUCAAGGCUACAGUAGUGAACAUUAUAGUGGCCGGAUCGGACACGACGUCUCUGAACUUGACGUGGGUCGUGUCUCUAUUGCUCAACAACAAGCAUGUCCUGAAGAGAGCUCAAGAAGAGAUGGACCUCAGGGUGGGCAAGGACAAGUGGGUGCAAGACUCCGACAUCGAGAGCUUGCCUUACCUCCAAGCCAUCGUCAAGGAAACCCUACGCCUAUACCCGCCAGGCCCCUUGUCGGUGCCGCACGAAGCGAGGGAGGACUGCACCGUGACGGGCUAUCUUAUUCCGAAAGGUACUCGGAUAUUCGUCAACGUGUGGAAGCUGCACAGAGACCCUCGGGUCUGGUCCGACCCUGAAAAAUUCUUACCAGAAAGGUUCUUGACGAAUCAUUCAGGCGUGGACGCUUCGGGUCAGCAUUUCGAGUUCAUUCCAUUCGGGUCGGGCAGAAGGUCGUGCCCGGGAGCUGCGUUCGCGUUGCGAGCGACCCACUUGACACUGGCUCGUCUUCUUCAAGGAUUCGACUUGGCAACGCCGUCGGACGAGCCGGUGGACAUGACCGAAGGGUUAGGGGUCAACCUGCCCAAGGCCACUCCUCUUCGAGCCGUCCUCACCCCAAGGUUGCCUCCCAUGCUCUACGAGCAAUUGACGGAAAAUUAGGAACUAUCUUCGUCAGGAAGAGAAAAAAGGGUCCAUGUACGUGAAUAAUCUCGUUGUUAUAAAACAAUUACUCGGGUAGAUAAUAUGGAUUAGACGAGUGUUAAACCAUGAUUAUCUUGGUGUAGGUGCAUCAAUGCCA